UCACUUUUUGUAGUUAGUGCUCUUCUCUUUUAUUUUUGCUUUUUCUCUAUCAUUCUCGCUUUCACUUUUGCCGCUGCUCUUCUCUUUAUCUCUGGUUUAUCUCUAAGAUCUACUUGUCCUCGUUUGUUUUCUCUCUCUAUAGGUUAGUUCGCUUUCUGAUGAUAACUCUGGUUCAUUGAGGUUUUGUUAGUCUUAUCCAACCUAGUUAUCAGAUUUUGUAACAGAGCUAGUGACAUGGCAUCUAGUCCUAGCGCAGUGACUGAUGAAAGUUAUCGAUCCCAACCAUCGAUUGAAGAUCAAAUGGCCGUUCUUGUUAAGCGAGUAGGGUUUGUUAGAGGGCUGGUUCUUAAGAGCCCCCUAUACUGGGAAUCUAUAGAACUCCUUGCGAAAGACGAGGUUUCACGAGGCAUAUUCUAUGCACUUCCACAUGAAUGUAAGCUGCAUUAUCUACAACGAAAGACAAAAGCCCUCAAUGUAGAAGAGAGGGCUUCCUACUUAUUAUAGAAAGAUGAUACCCAUUUUUAUUGAAUGAUGGAGCUAGACUAGUUAUGUUUUAUGUGUUUGGGUUUCAUGUUAUUGUGCUUGAGUUUGAUGUUGUGGAAUAUUAUAUGAUUCAUUUUGAAUGAAAAAUAUUAUAUGUUUCAUGUUGUGUUUAUUUUUGUGUGCUAAAUUAUGAACCUGGCUUUGGUUUUAUGUAAUAUGGA